AUUGUGACGGGGUCGGACGAUCACGACCUGAGAGUUUGGAAUGUAAUGGAAGCAGACGCGAGCUCCGUAAGGCUGCACGCGCACAAGGGGAAAGUGCUCUGCUGUUGUAUCGUUGGCAAGUUCAUCGCCAGCGGGUCCGAGGACUCCCUCGUCAUCCUCUGGAACAUGUCUAGCGGAAAGGUGAAGGGAAAACUUCGUCAACACCAGCAGCCAGUCACUUGCCUUGCAACCGACAAGAAGCAGCUCGUUUUCUCUGGAAGUGUUGAUAUGCAAAUUUGUGUCUGGUGCACAUCCACUUUGUCCAACAUCGCUGUCUUGAGAGACCACCGCCUUGCUGUCUUUUGCCUCUCCUUCAUCGCUCCUUUACAGCUGCUGGUGAGCGGAGGGAAGGAGUGCGAAGUUCGGGUGUGGAAGAUGAAGGACAAGAACAAAUCAACCAUCCUCCUCCGAGGGCAUUCGGCCUCCGUUACUUGUCUAGACACCACGGACUCCCUCAUUGCAUCCGGGUCGGACGAUCGAUCAGUUCGCCUCUGGGACGCGUUUUCAGGU